AUGUUGUCCUUCGUGAAAAACGCUGUCUUCCCACUUCUUCUCCUUUCCCAAGCCGGGUAUGGAGCGGCGGCUUCACCAGCAUAUCCAACUGCACCCGAAUUGAGCUUCCUCUACACUGCCUAUGUGAAGUGUGAAGGCACGCUGAUGGAAUCGCGUGGUCCUCAUGGGAUCCGCAAGGCCAUUCCCAUUGUCGGAGGAAAUUUUACCGGUCCUCAUCUGUCAGGGGAAAUUCUCGAUGUCGGUGCUGACUGGGGAUUGACGGACCCCCAAAGCAAUGUCUUUUCGGCGGAUACACGCUACAACCUACGGACUCAUGAUGGAGAGAAUAUCUUCAUUCAAACCUCGGGCCCGAAGUCUCCCUCUGGCCAGCUGCAUCUCCGCUUGGUUUUCGAGACGGGCAGCGAGAAAUAUUACUGGUUGAACAACGUCCUGGCGAUUGGCGUUUUGACCAAUGUUGAGAAGACUUCCAACUCGUCAUUGCUUCGCAUCGAUGCAUGGAAUUUUGCUUCUGACUGGAAUGCCACGACGACGACCCUGGCUUGA